CAUCCUCAGUUGCAUCCUUUCUGGUUUCAGGUUUACAACUUCCUUCCCAAGAAGGAUCACAUCUUCUCUGUUGACCUCUAUAAGAAUGCAUUCAAUAUUUAUCCCUGUCCUGCAAAAAAUCCAUCGAGGGGUGAAAGAAUUGGCUUCUCAGUGCAUUUUAUUCCUGAAGAUGGGGAUUCUUACCGCAUAUUCAGGGAAUUCGGUGUGAACAUUUUUACCAACACCAGGCUGUACAUCCCACGUCACUGCUCUGCUAACGUGAUGGCAAUGAAAUUAGAUGGUUUACCAGGACCUGGACGCCCUCUUGUUGUUCAGCAUUUCAGUAACCCAGGAAUUGGCUCUAUGCCAAUCCCUGGAGUUUCCUUUAGUGCUGGUGUUGCUCUUCCGGGGCUUCCCACACCUCAGGUUGAGGCUGCUCCUAAAAGGACACCUCGGCGCUUGUUUCCUGAAACGUGGAUAUGGGACCUGGUUAUUAUAAAUGGUUCUCAAGGAAAUAGCCAUUCUCAACUCCAUAGUUCCAGUAGAAAGAGUGAUGUAUCUGAAGAACCCAAAGAGAUUGCUCUUCCUGUGACCAUCCCGGACACCAUCACCGAAUGGAAAGCUGGAGCUUUCUGUCUUUCAGCAGAUGCAGGCUUUGGCCUGGCCCAGCCCACUUUUCUGAAGGCCUUCCAGCCGUUCUUCAUUGAACUCACCUUUCCAUACUCUGUGGUGCGAGGAGAAGCCUUCCCACUCAAGGCUACCGUCUUCUCCUACCUGACUUACUGCAUCCGGGUCAGAAUAUCUCUGACGCCUUCUGCUGACUUUGAGGCCUCUCCUAUGGAGGAGGAGGAAGAUUCCUAUUGUAUCUGUGCAAACGGAAGGAAAACGGUGUCAUGGAUGAUGACCCCUAAAAUUCUAGGGGAGAUCAACCUCACAGCAAGUGCAGAGGCCGUGACUUCAGAUCAGCUCUGUGGGAAUGAAGUAGUGGAGGUGCCCACCAUUGGAAACAAAGACGUCGUGAUCAAGUCGUUAUUAGUUGAGCCUGAAGGGAUUGAGAAAGAAAUGGUGUUCAACUCUCUUCUCUGUGCAUAUGGAGAACCCGUGUCCAAAUCUUUUCCUCUGACAUUACCGGAGAAUGUUGUAGAAGGCUCAGCCAGGGCCUCAUUUUGUGUGCUGGGAGACAUUUUAGGAGGAGCGAUAAAGAACCUCAAUCAGCUUCUCCAAAUGCCCUACGGCUGUGGGGAGCAGAACAUGGCCCUCUUUGCCCCCAAUAUCUACAUCCUGAACUAUCUCAAUGAGACUGGACAACUGACACAGGAGAUCAAAUCCAAGGCUGUCGGAUACUUAGAGGCUGGCUAUCAACGGCAACUGAACUACAAGCAUCGUGAUGGUUCUUACAGCGCUUUUGGAGAAUCUUACUCUAAAGAAGGGAACACUUGGCUGACGGCUUUUGUGCUGAAAUCUUUUGCUCGAGCAAGAUCCAUAAUCUUUGUGGAAGACAAGCACAUCAUCGACGCUCAUAACUCACUGACACGGCAGCAGGAGAAUGAUGGAUGCUUUCGGAGCACUGGGUCUCUUUUUAACAAUAACCUCAAGGGGGGAGUUGAUGACAAGACCACUCUUUCAACUUACAUCACCAUUGCUUUGCUGGAAGUGCCGCUACCUCCCACCCAUCCUGUGGUGCGGAAUGCUUUAGUUUGCCUGGAGAAGGUGACUGAAGCAAAAGAGAUCCACAUUUAUCUCCGGGCUCUGUUAGCAUAUGCUUUUGCUUUGGCGGGGAAAGAGGACAAGAGGCAAGAAAUGUUGGACUCCCUUCUAAAAGUAGCUGUGAAAGAUGGUGAGAAAUGAGCUCUUUGUUAUGAAAAGCAGGUACCCACCGAAGAAAUUGGAAACGUGCAACAAACUUUAUUGGCAUGCGAAGAAAAAUGUUCACUGGUCUCCC